AUGUUGCACCUGACGCUGCUCGGUCUCUCCUCCUCUGUGCCACGUCAGUUCCAUGUGGUGAAGGAGCAGAAGAGCUGGACAGAAGCUCAGCAGUACUGCAGAGAGAAGUUCACUGACCUCGCCACCAUAGACGACAUGACAGAGAUGGAGAAGGUGAACAGCAAGAUCCAUGAAGCAGGUGCUGGAGAUGCCUGGAUUGGGCUGAAGAGGGGAGACUGGCAGUGGUCUCUGGCUGACAGGGAUUUCUACAGAGAGAAUGAAGCAGAGUUCAGGAACUGGGCUACAGGCCAACCCAAUGGAGCUGUAGAGUGUGUGACUAUGUGGACGAAUGGGAAAUGGUUUGAUGACCCAUGUGGCUUAAUCCGUCCUUUCAUCUGCUAUGAUGGGGGAGACUCCACACAUCCCUAUGUGCUGGUUACUGUGAGGAAGAACAGGGCAGAUGCUCUGAGUUACUGCAGAGAGAAACACACAGACCUGGCCAGUGUGAGGAAUCAGGCAGAGAACGACCAGAUAGAGCAAAUGAGAGUAGCUGGGGUGCCUGGCUGGGGUGUCUGGAUCGGCCUGUUCAGAGCUGCCUGGUCAGAGUGGUCAGAUGGCAGCAGCUCCUCAUUCCGCUACUGGAACUCUGGAGAACCCAAUAAUGUGGGUGUGGCGUGCACUCAAAUGAUGCCCAGUGGUCAGUGGAAUGAUGAAGGCUGUGGCCAUCCUAGUCCCUUCAUCUGCUAUGAAGACGAGCUGGUUCUGGUCCGUGAGAAUAAGACCUGGAGAGAGGCGCUGCAGUACUGCCGAGAGCACCAUGUGGACCUGGUGUCUGUGACGUCUGAGCGGGUCCAGCGCUGGGUGAGUGAGCUGGCUAAAGGAGCCUCCACUCCUCACGUGUGGGUGGGCCUGCUCCACUCCUACGGUGUGGGCUGGUACUGGGUCUGUGGACAGACCGUCUGCUACAACAACUGGACCCAAGGGCACCAGCAGGUGGAGUCCUUCCAUCAAGGAGUCGGGGCAGUGGAGUCUGGAGGGGGGCAGUGGGUCAGCAACCUGACUAAGACUGACCAACUCAACUUCAUCUGCACCAAUGUGGAUGGUUGUGACUGA